AUGUUUUCGACAGACACUGCGCGUACGCCGUCGUUGCGUCCCAAAAGAACACGUCAGGCAGCAGGCUCAGAAGACUCCCUCAAAUUACCUCAAGCAAAGCGAAAACGAUCUGCACUACGACGAGACACCUUUGAGCCUCUGACAGAGUCCAGUAUCGGUGACGUUGCAGGAAAAGAUGUGAUCGAAAGCAAGAGCAAUGGACGUACUGUUACAAUUGCGCCGGCAAAAGAAUUGACUUUGCGAGGAGCCAAAAAAGCAGAAAAGCGUGCCGACAGAGCCACCAGCACCAACGCCGGCUUGACCCUGUCUAGCAAUGACUUCUAUACCGUUACUCAGCUCCCUGCACUGCCAGAUCAGAUCAGAAAUCGACCGAGCAUCCAAUACUCAUGUGUGAUUUCCCCCGAAUACGGUUACGCGCUGGCAUUGACACAUACCGACGCCAUUAUCUGGCCCUACAACUCAACUGCGUCCACGCCGCCACCUCGAGAUGUCAUCACCUUCAAACUGCCCUUCCCUCCCGCCGCCGUUGGCGAUCCCCUCCCACAUGCAACGUUCACGGCAAAAUCUGCGAAUGGAGAGCCCGGUAUCGUGGCAGUAUCAGCAAAAUGGGGCAAGGUGGUGUACUGGGAAACCCUGUCCAACGCCUCCUCUUUCAUACCUGGGCAAGUCUCAAACGUCCAGGGUUCAAUACCAGGAAUGAUGAGUGGCGAAGUCGUUGAAGAAUUGGUCAAUGCGGAGCCCUCAGGCUUUAUCCUCUCACUUCGACAUGGUCGUGUAGCCCACCUGACGAUUCGCGAUCAAAUGGGACGUCCUGGAAUUGGCGUCCAGUUCCUACGCAAAAACACAAACGCCUCGGCAGGCAUCUUUGGGAGCAUUAGGAAUGUGUUUGGCUCCGACCGACGCAAAGGGACACCUGUCAUCAAAGCUGGAGGCUCAAAGAAGGGCCAGCGCGAUGUAGUCAUUGUGACCGAGGAUGCUGAACUGGAAUCCUGGAGUACGAAUCUGGCUGUCGGCAACAAUCUCGAGUACUCGUUCAACUUCAAGGACGAAAUCCUAGAGGCGUUAAGAUCAACACAACCGGAUGUGACGCAAUUCAAGGUCUGGGAUGUGGAGCUCUCGACAGGACCCAGCACCGCCCUCAGCCGACGAGACAGCCAUGGUGCGCCAAUGAUGGUGCUGGUUUCCAGCACGACGGAAGUGGAAACUAGGUAUCACAUCAUCGAGAUGGUGGUCGACCAAGGGGCUAAGAUCAGAGUGGUGCACCCCAUCAACUGCUAUUCUUCGCCGUCCGAAUCUGGCCGAUGGAGGCCUCGGCUGUGCGUGUCAAAAUCCCAGCCUGUGGCGUUCAUUGUCUUUGAGGCUGCAAUUGUGCUGUUCUCGCUGGCCAGGAUCCGGGAGUCCCCGUCCUCCCAGUUGCUAAUGGAACGGCAAGCACUGCCCGAACCGUUCCAAGAUUGCAUCCGAUUCCAGGAGGCAACUAUCUAUGAGGUUCUUGGCUUCGCUCUGGAGAUGACAGAGAAACAGUCAUCUAUUGUAUUUGGAGUGCAGGGCUUUGGCGUGGUGAAAUUGACUUCUCAUCUUCGUGAUGACGAGGAAGUUGAUGUGGACGACAUUGAAGAACGAGAGCGAAUAACGGCGAAAAGUAAAAUCGAACAAGCAGUCUUCUUUGGCACCAUCAAGCAAAAUCCCCUGGACCUCAAACACGCCAACCAAACAUUCCCACCCGAAGAAAUUGAAAGAGCCGCUUUGGAGAUCAGCUCGGAGAUCUUGUCUUCAUCAUCUAAACAUCUUCCAAAGUCUGCGCCUUCGAUUGACAUGCAAAUGCGGCUGCGCGCCAAAGCCCUUGACGAUCUGGCCGAACAUGUGAUCAACCGUUAUCCUUCGGCGGUCUCUCGACUGACGCGUUUUGCAUUGCUGCUGAACGCAGAAAAACUCGCUGCGGCGCAGGCGAUAUGGAAGGUUCAGGAAGAGAUCCAACGAAAAUAUCCGCAGCCCGACCGUGAGAUGUCGUACUUGGAUUUUACCCUCCGAGCUUUGCAUGAAUCUCGGCAAAAGUACCCCGAUCCUGAGAGGGGUGAGAAAGAUCGGGUGAGACAUUGGCUUGUGAACAGUGUUAAGAACGUCGGCCAUCUGAUGUCUGAGUUGGUCAGCUGCAUCCCCGAACUCGAACCGAUGGAUGUGACAGACCCCAGGGUGGUCGCCGAUUACUUCAAGGAAGCCGUUGACCUUUGGAUUGCCUCAUACUCCGCCGCCUUCAAAUUCCGUGAAGACAACGCACCUCUUUACGGACUCGGAGAUGAAGUCUUCGAGAAUGGAGUACUUAUCUCGGGAUUUCCAAUCGAGAUCCCCCAUCCCUGGACAUCCAGUCCAGAGCCGUUGCGCUUUGGCCAACGUCUAAUUUAUGACAUCUGCAAAUUUCUAAACGAGUGGUGGGAGUUUGCUCAUGGGAGAAACAAGAAGAAAAAAAUGCCCACGGAUCUAGACGGAAAGCCGCACGAAGCACCGAGCAAACUCGCCCUUCAGGAAUUGGCGAGUCGUCUGCCGACAGAACUCGAGUUAUUUAUCCGAAUUGUACGUGAGGAGAGCAUUCAGGCGAAAUGCCAGUUCAAGGCCAGUGAGAAGGACCCCGAAGUAUUGAGGGAUGAGCUUACCAACCUCGAAAAUGAAGAGCAAGAUAGGCUGGGUCAGGCUCUGCAAGCUAUUUCUUUGUUCAACAUGCCCGGAGCAAUCCACCUGGCAGAAAAGUUGAAAUAUUACGGGGAGCUUGUGACGCUGCACUACAGCUACUACAAGCAACUGGUGGCUGAGGCUCAAGCUGACCCAAGUCUGGCCGAAGAGAAUCAACGCAAGCUUGAGGAGAUGCAAGAGAGAGCCGAGUCGUAUUACGGGAAGUUUGGCAAAGGAUGGGCCUUCGCCGCUUUCAGCCAGAUGCUCAUUGACGAUGAAUGUGGUAGUCUUUUGGUCAAGGGCCAAGAAGACGCGGAGAAAGAAAGAUUCCUCACGUGGUUCUUCAAGAUAGCUCCGAAGGCUCACCAAGAUCUCGGGAAGCUCAGCUGGAUCCACGAUGUUAUCUCCUGUGACGAUUACCACCGUGCCGCAAGGACACUCCAGGAUGUCGCUGCUCAAGAGACCAGUAAUGUCUGGAACAAGAAGACUGAAUUGGCUCUCGGGAAGCUUGCUAGCUUGGCUGCGGAUGAAGGUAGCGGCAAGCACAGAGAUUCGAAAGCAUACGACGAUGCGCUUGCGAUGAUCGCGAUUCAGGAGCAAGUCUACACCCACGUCAUGGGGUCAGUUGGUGCAGCUCUCGACGAGAAAGCCGCGGUUGAUCUUGCCGCGGAAACUUUCACUUCUCGAGUCGUGGCGAAGACCCCAGCCUUGAAAAGAGAGCUGAAGCAGAUCUUGAAGUCAUUGAUUCGUCAGACGCCUUUGACCGCGGAAGAAUUGGUCAAUCUGCUGACACUGAUGGAUCCCAUUGAAUGGAGCGGACCUCCUGAAGAGGAUCCUGGAGUUGAAGGCCAGGAGUUUAUUCUCGCCCUGAAUGUUGUGGAUGAAUCUAAUUUGCCGAUCCCGAAGCAAGAUGAUCUUCGAGCCCUGAUCUGGAGGAGAGCGAUGAUUCGCGAUGAGUGGCUCGUUCUGAACGAGACCGGUGGAAAAGAUGACCAGCGAGUGGAGGAAGAGAUGCAGGAGUCCAGUCUGUUCCGCCUUUUACAGCACGUCUUCGUGAUGGAACAGAUUGAGGGAACUCCACUUCACCUGUUCUCCCCCAGCGAGCUUCUACGCCGUGACGCAUUCCCUGUCAGUCUCCAAGAUUGGCUGGCCGAAAAUGAGGUAGAAGGCCUUCGGAAGGACAUGGAAAAGGAACAGACGAAACUCCAAAGUUUUGUGGAGAAGGGAAGGCUGGAAGAUCAUUAUGGUGGGCUGGUCACUUCUGCGCAGAGAAUCGCCAGGGACAUUGCUGACGAACAGGGAGAACAACUGGCUGAGCAGGUCGUCUAG